AUGAUUAACAUGAAAUUAAAAAAUCCUAAGUCAUUAUCCUCACUUGUAAAUGUGUAUUUGAAAAAUAUUCAUAAUCCUUUGGAACUUAGAGAGUUAAUUAAUUAAUUAUUAAGCGAUGCCACAUUUUUACCAAUGUAUGGACUAACCGAUUUAUAAAAAAUAGAACAUAGAACUAUCUUUACAAACAUUUAACUUGGGAAUAACUAAAACUUAGGGUAACUUAUUAAGCUAAAUUAGCACUAUAAUAGGAAUGACGGUUUUAGGAGUAAUUGGUUUCCUCGCACUUGGAUUUACCUUUUUAGGGGCUAUUGGUGGAGGAGCAAUUGGAAUAAUUUUAGGAAGGUAUUUAGGAAGAAAAAUCUCAAAAAAAAUUGCUACUAAAGGGAUAAAUUUAACUGAAUUUGAUAUUUUUGUUAUUCGAGUUAAAUGCUUACUUAAAUGGGUAAAUUUCAGUUGAAUAAUUUAGGGUAAAUUGAUUAUGGCCAAAUACACAAACGAUAUUAAUUUAUAGAGAUUUUGUGUUUAAAGGAUUCUAACUGAAAUUAAACCUCUAUUACACUAUAAGUAUUUUGAUCAAAAAUUUUAAAAAGAAUCUUUAACUUUAUUAUGUAAAAUAAGAGAAUAACUAUCGAAAGAACAAUCUAUACAUGCUUUGAGUCUCAGUUAUAAAUUAACAAAAGAAUACAUUCAAAUUAUUGAAUAAAAAAUAAUUUAUUCAAAAUUUAGUACAUAUGAAGUAAAUACUUAUUAUCAUAGGUUAAUCUUUAGAUAUCAUAUGUUUUAAAUGAAACAGUUUCAGAUGUAUUAAUUCCUUUUUUAACAUUAUUUUAAAAUGUAGGAAAAUUUGAGAAAAAUGAUGUCAUCUAAUUAUUGAUAAAAAAAAUUAAAAAAUUAUAAGUUAAUAAAAUAGUAUUAAAGUGUUAAUAAAGCUAUUUUGAUUAAUAACUUUCAAUAGAAUUUAUCAAAAUGUUUGCUGCUAAGCUAAAUUAAAAAGUUAAAAUUGAAGAUUUGGAAAAAUUUUUAUAAAUACAAAAUUAUAGAUCAUAACAAUAAAAUCGAGAAUAAAAUUCACCAACUAAAACCCAAUAAAGAAGAAAAAGCUAAGGAGAUAUGAUAUCGAUGAAUGAAGAUGUAGAUUAAGAAUUUCAAGCUUAAGUACCAUUAACAAUGAAUAAUUAAGUGAGAGCAAGGGCAAAAUCUUGCGAUGAUAAAAAUGAUUAACAAAUUAAUUUAAAAUAAUCUGAGUAAACGAUCAAUCUAAAUUAAUAAUAACCAUAAUAACCAGUUUAAUAAUCUCCAUAAAUUUUAUUUGAAAAAACAGAAAAAAGAGGAUCUUAAUGCAUAUAAGAGAAUUUAAUUUAACAGAGUUAAUUACAAUAAAUUUUAUGUCUGCAAAUGGAAAAUUCUUAAUAGCACUCGUAAAUGCAUAGAGGAUCAUAAUUAAUUUAAGAAAAUUAAAUUAAUUCUGAUAGAACAUAUUAAUUAUCAGCUGAGUUGGAAGAGAAAUUUAAAUUACUAGUUGAUCUAAUUGAUGAACCUAUUGAGGGAUGGGAAAUUAUAUUAAAAAAAGAGAAUUUGAUCAUUUACAAAACAUUCAAACCUGGAAAUCCAGCAGUGUUUGUAAAAGGUCAUAGUGAUUUAGCAGGAAUUUCAAUAGAUGUAUUAUUAAAAGCAAUUCAUAAUGAAAAGUAUAGACAAAAAUGGGAUAAAAUUUUAUUGAGUUUUUAAGUAUUGGAAAGGGAAUCAGCUAUUGUAGAUAUCAUUUAUUACUAUGUUAAGAGUCCUCCUUGUGUAGAUAACAGAGAGUUUUGUUAAAAAAGAAUAUUGAAAUAUGAUUUUCCAAAGUCAGGAUAAACUUGUCUCUUAUAUUUUAGUGUAGAUCAUAAUAAGGCUCCUAAAUUCAAAGGGCAUAUAAGAGCAGAGACUUUAAUUUCAGGUUAUAUUUUAGAAUCCAUUCCUGGGGGAAGUAGAUUAUACUUUUGCUCUAAUAAUGAUGUCAAAGGAGAUAUUCCAAAAGUAAAAAAAUUAUGUAUUAUAAAUAGAGUUUAGUUAAUUAUGUUGCUUCCAGAGCUCCUAUAAGUUGGAUUAAUUCAUUAAGAAAAGGUUGUGAAGAUUACAAUAAGAUUAUGUAACAAAUUUAAUCAUGA